CUAUAAUUAAAUGUUCCUUAAAACUAUUUCAAAGUUUGAAUCUUCCUCUCUGUGUUAUUUUUCGUUGGUUCAUUGAGAACAAUCAGACUUUUUAACUCGUCCCAUUGACCAAGCACCACAAGAGGAAGAGGAAAUCAAAAUGGUGUUUUGGGAGUAUUGAUUUGAUGAGAUUAUUCAACAAAUCCCACACAAGUAAUCAGAAGUUGCUUUGUAAUUUUGGUUAGGACCAGUCUUAAUCAAAGUAGUUCGUAUCUUAAAACGAGUUUCUUUCUACUUGUCAUUAAAAGUGUAUAUUUCUGUUGGGAGUUUAUUAGGUUCUCCUCCUACCACCUCUUUGUUGACCUUUAAUGAUGGACUCAUAGUUUGGUGCAAAGUGACAAAAGAAAAGAAAAAAAAAAGACGAUCUUGAAGAUUUUUAUAUAAUAUUUGUUUUUCUGGGCAAUCCUGUUUGGUUGCCAAGGAAGUGAGCCAAAACAAUGGGGAUCGUUUCAGAAGAAGCCAUUGAUGAAUUCCAGGAGCUGAUGGAUCAAGCUGAGGAGCCAUUGAAGAAAACAUUUGAGAGAGUCCAUCAGAGAUAUCUGAGGGAGAAUUUGGGUCGUUUUCUGAAAGCACGAGACUGGAACGUAUGCAAAGCUCACACAAUGUGUUUGCGUUGGAGGGUGGAUAAUGAAAUUGACAGUAUCCUAUCCAAACCCAUUGUUCCUACUGAGUUGUAUAGGGACGUACGAGACUCUCAACUAAUAGGAAUGUCAGGUUACACCAAAGAGGGCUUGCCUGUCUUUGCUAUUGGCGUCGGCCUCAGCACAUUUGAUAAAGCUUCUGUUCACUACUAUGUCCAGUCCCACAUACAAAUCAAUGAGUAUAGAGACCGUGUAUUACUGCCUUCUAUGUCUAAGAAGAAUGGGCGGCCAAUCACCGCCUGCGUCAAAGUUCUAGACAUGACAGGAUUGAAACUUUCAGCUCUUAGCCAAAUCAAGUUAGUGACUAUCAUAUCGACCAUCGACGAUCUAAACUAUCCAGAGAAGACAAACACGUACUAUGUUGUCAAUGCCCCUUAUAUAUUUUCCGCAUGUUGGAAGGUUGUAAAACCUCUUUUGCAAGAGAGGACAAGGCAAAAGGUUCAUGUCUUAUCUGGUUGUGGAAUGGAUGAAUUAUUGAAGAUUAUGGACUUCACAUCCCUCCCACAUUUCUGUAGAAGAGGAAGCUCUGGGUCAUCUCACCACACUCAGAGCGCAAACUGUUUUUCUAUCGAUCAUCCCUUCCAUCAACAGCUAUACAACUAUGUGAAGCACCAUUAUGAAACCCGAGGACAAGCAGAACCUGCAAAGCAAGGGUCAUUCCACGUGGGUUUUCCUGAGCCUGAAGCUGAACGUUGUGUGAUAGCCAAAACCAUUGAAUCGGAACUGCACAAGAUUGAGAAUUGCAACAGUCUGGCCAUGUCCACUGGUGACAGAAAAGCAAGUCAUGAAAAACUGGAAGAUGAUGAACCCUGAAUGCUUCCAAGGAAAAUCCAUUCAGUGCCUCUACAAUUAAGAUAUAUAUUUUUUACGGGUGAGCUAGCAAUCUAAAUGAGUAAGCGAGAACCGAGCUGUGUCCUCUCUCCCUAAGCCAUGCAAAUGUAAAGCGAAAAAACAAAAAGAGAAUAAAUCUUGAACUUAAUGCAUAGGUUGCUUCAUGUAUAGUGUUAUUUGAUCCUUUGUUGUAGCAAAAGUUUUUUUGGAAAUCUACCUCUCAUUUCCCUAAGCAUCUGUGUGAGUGUUGUGUAA